UUUCGGAUAUUUUGUUUCUAUGGUUUCUUCUUCAAGCAAGCAUACAUUUCUUCAACUUGAAGAUGCUUGAUUUUCCCUUUUUCUUUUUCUUCUUCAUUCAGUGCUCGAUUUCUCUAAUUGUAUAACAAGUGUAACAGAUGGCGAGAGUUAACAAUAAUCAAGAACAAGUCUCAAUACCUAUCGACUAUGAGGAAAUAGCAGAUGUGAAUUCUUUGAGUGACGACGCCAACUCUGCUUCUAAUCCUUUCGGAUUUCUAACUAACAAUGGAAUGAUCAAGAUUGAAGAAGAAAGCUGGUGGCAUAUCUUUGUCAAGAAUUCGUUUCUUUUUGGCAUGGGACAGCUGGCAAUCGACACAAGAAUUGUCGCUAUACACAAAAAUUCAAAUUGUGGCUUAACAGGAAAAGCUCGUUUGAUGUCUUUCACUAUUUUCUACGACGCCGUGGCAAAGAAGUGCGGUGGUAAUGCCAAUAUCUUACAAGCCUGGUACGGUGCUUCGAGGGACGAGAUUAAUGAAAUUGUCCGUCAUGGAUUUAGCCCGUGUAGUAAGGAUUCAUCCUAUGGCGGUGCCGUUCAAUUGUUUCCCCUCAAACUUUCUCUUAGUAGCGCAUUAACGACAGAGAUGGAUGAAAAUGGAUUAAGGCAUGUAUUGUUAUGCCGCGUAAUAUUGGGGAAGAUGGAAGAGAUUGCUUCUGGUUCCAAACAAAUUCAUCCAAGUUCCAAGGAAUUUGAUUCUGGGGUGGAUAAUAUUGUAGGGCCUACUAAAUAUAUUGUGUGGAGUUGUUACAUGAACUCUCACAUCCAUCUUGAUUACAUUGUGAGUUUUAAAGUUUCCUCUAGUGAAGGUGUCGUAAGACCUCAAGGGAAUGCCAUUAGACCAUCUUCAAGGGAUAGAGCGAUUCAACAUGUAAAGGAUAUAGUUUCAAGGCUAUUACAUCCUUCUAAAUCGCCUCUCAUUGCCAAACACUAUAAUGAUUUUCAAAAUGGAGAAAUUACGUUUAAACAGUUUAUCCAAAAUUUGAAGCAAGUAGCUGGGGAUAAGUUUUUAUUGGCAGUGUUCAAACUUUAUAAGCACGAGGUAUGGAUUGUGGAAUCUUUUCUUUGACUCAUAUUAUCUAUUUGAUCGUAUUUGUUGUUUGAAGCUUCCAUUGGGAUAGCUUUUAUCUGGUGGGUAUUUAUAAAUUAUCAUAAUAACAUGUCAAAUUCUUAGUAGAAAUCAAAGGAUAAUAGUACAGAGAGACUUUUUGUUUAUUGUCAAAUGUUG